AUGACUUCUGAGCGUGAGAACAAGACAUUCCUCGCCCGCCUUUGCGAGCAGGCUGAGCGCUACGAUGAGAUGGUCACGUACAUGAAGGAAGUCGCCAACAUUGGAGGCGAACUUACCGUCGAUGAGCGUAACCUUCUCUCCGUUGCCUACAAGAACGUGGUCGGUACCCGCCGUGCUUCCUGGCGUAUCAUCUCCUCCAUUGAACAGAAGGAGGAGUCCAAGGGUUCUGAGCAGCACGUCUCGAUCAUCCGUGACUACCGCCAGAAGAUCGAAACCGAGCUGGAGAAGGUCUGCCAGGAUGUUCUUGACGUUCUGGACGAGUCUCUCAUCCCCAAGGCCGAGACCGGCGAGUCCAAGGUUUUCUACUACAAGAUGAAGGGCGACUACCACCGUUAUCUCGCUGAGUUUGCUUCUGGCAACAAGCGCAAGGUUGCCGCUACUGCUGCUCACGAGGCCUACAAGAAUGCCACCGACGUUGCCCAGACUGACCUCACUCCCACUCACCCCAUCCGCUUGGGUCUUGCAUUGAACUUCUCCGUGUUCUACUACGAAAUCCUGAACUCGCCCGAUCGUGCCUGCCACCUUGCCAAGCAGGCUUUCGAUGAUGCCAUCGCCGAGCUUGACUCGCUCUCGGAGGAAAGCUACCGUGACAGCACUCUUAUCAUGCAGCUUCUGCGUGACAACCUUACUCUUUGGACCUCUUCCGAUGGCCAGGAGCCUGAGGGUGCUUCCAAGGAAGACAAGCCUGAAGAGGAGUCUGCCCCUGCUACCGAGGACAAGGGUGAGGAAUCCAAGCCUGCCGCCCCUGAGUCUUAA